CUCUUCCCCUUUCUCGCCUACUACUCUUUGUCAUAGUUUACAAUUUCACGAAACAGGAGAAUUUUCAUUGCAACAAUUUUAAGAAAUUUUACCAUAAAUCUAAUAAUUUUUUGGCCAAAACUGCAAGUAAUCACAAGAAACCCGUUUGGAAAAUGUGUGGAAAUAUAAAACAUUACGUAAUUGUGCAAUUGAAGUUGUUUUAAAAGCAUAUAAAAUUUUCGUGAAAAGUCGUUCCCAUAAACACAGUUGAUAAAGUGUGGUGAAGUGUCUGUAGUAGUAGUGUGAGCGAUUUGGAUUCGUUGGUUUUGUUGCUUAUUUUCUGAGUAUAGCGUGAGUGAAUAGUGUAAAAUAAGAAGCAGCAGAUGAGUAGUGCUGGGCUGACUGGCUGGCCUGACCACCUAAAGAAAAGUGAAAAAGUAAUAGCAACCUCGAAGAAGCUGAUGAAGAGUUAAAAUAUAACAAGUUGUGGUCAGCUAAGAAAAUACAGGCUUAGCAGCUUGUUAGCCAAAAGUGUACCACUUAUAUAUACCAGGAGAGAGGCCCAAAAUCUCUAACGCUGGCAACGAAUAAACUAUAGAACGAAUACAGCAAACAAAAAUACACAAAAUAAAAGACCCCAACAUAACUUAAUCGUGUGUGAUCGUCAUCGUAUAGCCGAGAAAAUCUAAUGGCAAUGUGGUAAUAAGGAAAAGCAACGGAGCGAGUGAAGGCGACGACAACGACCACGACUUGCUUUGGUUUCAGUUUCACACUGAAAAAGAAACAACGACGGAGAGUUAAACAAAACAACAGAAAGUACAAUAAAAUAUAAAGAAAAUCAGGAAACAAGAAGAACUUUUCACCUUAAUUUAUGAAAGAGAAGUGGUACCUGAGGGUAGUGUCGGCCCAUUGAGAAGAAGCUACCGAUUUCAACCUAUCCUCUUUUGCUGCUGAACUUCGUCCUCAAAGCCAGAAGUGUCAUCGGUUUGUUGAGGGAGGCGAAGUGGUGUGGUGCUGCAUUUUUACGUACGAGCUAGCGGCAGUUGAAUAAACGAAACGAGGGCGCUGCACCUCUUCUCUUUCCCUCUCUUCAACUCACAGUGUAAGACGAAGCUUAUUGGAAAGACGUUGGUUUACAGAAACAAAUUGGCAUUUGCCAGUGCCAUUCAUACUUGGAUCUGCACGAAGUAACAAUUUUUGCCGUGAGCACAUAUCCAACAUGGCCACCAGCGAUGAUGAACCCAUGCACUUGUAUGAAGUCUUUCAAAACUGCUUUAAUAAAAUAGCAAACAAGCAGCCAGCUGGCGGUGGUGCUAAUGUCGGUGGACCUGUUGAUCGUAAUGGUGGCUAUCCUUCUGCAUAUGGUGGUCUCGGGGGUAUGGAGAAUGGCAUGUAUGGGACUGAUGAUUUCAAUCCUAUGCAUGAAGGAGCAGCAAGCAGUGGCGUGCGUUUUUCUGGAGGACCACCAGUAGAUCAGUACUUUGACGCUGGUAUUGGCAAUGGUGGCAGCGCUGGUGGAAGUGGCGGUUGGUACAACUCGUCAGUGAGUGUCGGUGGUGGAUACGGCGCACAGUCUGCUUAUCAGAACAAUGGUCCUAUUAGUGGGCAUCAUUUGGGUGGACCGCAACAACAUCAUGAUCCCGAUGCACAUCACAUGGGACCAAAUGCUCCCAUGGGCUUACAAAUGGACCCCGGUCAUGUGGGCAUGCAUAGCCCAGCACCAACUUCUUUGCCGCCAAUGAGCUCUUUUCGCCCUAACAGCACAAACAGUAUCCAGCCGAUUGGAGGAAAUCAAGCUGCGCACUCUCCCGCUAUAUACAACUCACCACAACCACACAGCACUCCACACAGUUCAAUGUCCACGCCGGGACCACACCCAGGGCAUCAUGCCUUGGGUGGCCAUCAUGCUCCACAGCACAGUCCCGCUAUUCAAAAUGAUGCCUUUUCAGUGGGCGGAGUUGGAGUUCCUGGUGUCGGUGUUAAUAUUGGUCCGAAGGGAAAUUCUGCGUCGAGUGUAACCGGUGUUCCUGGAUCAAAUGGUCCGAAUAGUGGCUUGCGGCAACAUAUGUACAUGUCAUCGACACCAGCAGAUCAGUCUAUUAGCAGCUUCAGUUCAAAUCCAUCAACACCUGUGAAUUCUCCUCCUCCACUUACUCAAAGUGGUCUCGUUGGCCAGUCCAUGUUGGUCGAUAAAAGCAGUGUUGCCUCCUCGGGACCAUCCGGUUCUGGAUGGGGUCACCCCGUUCUAAACGGUGCAGGUCCCAACAGUAGUAGCAAUGUAGGUGGAGGUGCUAGUGGAAGUUAUGCACCCGACAUGGUCCCAUCAAACCUUCAUUCAAUGGCUGCGGUUUUUCAAGGUGCUCGUAUGGAAGAGCGUCUCGACGAUGCUCUUAAUGUGCUACGUAACCACUGUGAACCCGAGCUAUUAAGUGGUGUAGGUGCGGCGCUCUCUGCAAUGGACAAUAUCGACGGACUGUCGUCAUUUGUGCCAACAUCUCCGUCCGGACACGGUAUGGUUUCGACUGGUGCUGGUCCUUCAGUGCUAAACACAACACACGACGUAAUGUCGGCGGGUCCGUCGUCCGUGCAAAAUGUGGGAGGCGUAGGAGGACUUGCACCGCAAAUAAAAAUGGAACGAACGUCGUCUACAGUAUCUGGAACGACAGCAACAGGCGCAACUAAGGGCAAGAAACGAAAAGAGUCUGCCGCAAAUGCUGCAGCGGCAGCUAGUGGAGGACCUUCUACAUCAGCACUUAACAACAUGAUCGAUGCAACGGACACGAAGCCAAGUAGCUCCAUGGAAGGAUCACAACAUGGCCAGGCACCACUAUCAGGAAAAGGUGCGAAACGUCCACGUCGAUAUUGCUCAUCGGCGGAUGAUGAUGACGAUGCGGAGCCUGCCGUUAAAGCGAUGCGUGAAAAAGAGAGACGUCAGGCAAAUAAUGCUCGAGAGCGCAUACGUAUCCGUGACAUCAACGAAGCGCUUAAGGAACUUGGACGAAUGUGUAUGACACACCUUAAAUCCGAUAAACCGCAAACAAAAUUAGGAAUUCUUAACAUGGCCGUUGAAGUUAUCAUGACACUGGAACAACAGGUAAGAGAACGCAACCUAAACCCGAAAGCGGCAUGUCUUAAGCGAAGAGAAGAGGAGAAGGCCGAAGAUGGUCCAAAGCUUGCGGCCCAACAUCAUAUGCUACCGCAACCUCCCCCAGGGGUGUAUGGACAACCUCCACCACCACAACUACCACCGACAGGCCAAAGCGGCCUCCCGCCAGUGGGCCAGCCGCCCUUGCAAACCCAACAGGCAGGUGUGCAGCUGCCACCCCAUUUACAAAGUCACAAUCCUGCGCCCCACUCACAAUAGCAGGCGCACAGCAGUCACAACGAUCCGCCCACUUCCCAUCUGCCAACAGAUAUCGCCGCCGCACAUCAAGCCAGUCACCAGCAGCUGACUCCGCAGCACCGACAUCAGUCCACAUCCGGAUCUGAUCUGGAACAGCACCUGAUGAGCAAUCUGACUUUGUUUCGACGACGUCACCCCCAAACCCAGUCUGGAGUCAUGCCGACUACACUACAGCAACUCACCCAUCCACCACCGCCGCCACCAACUCAGCCAUCACAUCUGCAUAUACACCAUCAGCAACAUCAAUUGUAGGCCUGCAUAAUAAUGUGAUUUCCUUCCCUACGCUUUUCCUCCCCACAUAGUAGAAUAUUGCUGCUUGAGAAAUUCCCGAACCUGGUGUCACACAAAUUGUACAUAGCACUAACAAAAUGAUUUCACUUAAAGGACGAUUUUUGAUUUAGGAUAGCAUUACUGUUUUAUACUCCUUUUGUUACACAUAUACAUAUAUAUUUUACCAAUAGACACAGACGUCCAAGAAAGCUUUCUUAUUUAAAUUUACAUUUUAUGUUUCUUGUGUGUGAGAUUAAUUUAAUUGCCAGUCUUUUUGUAAAAUCCUCAACAUUUUUGGAUUCGUAAUGUGCUCUCUACAUAAUGUGCAACGUCAAGUAAACCGAUCGAGCAUGCGAUGGUCAGCAAUAAUUUCCAACAUAUGUCCAUCAUAAAGACGUCUUUAUUUUCGUUCCAGUUUUUUAGUUAUACUAAAAAGUCUGCUCAAGACUCUGUAGAAAAUAAUGUCUAUAAUAUUUUCAAAAAAUUUUGCUGAUUCGAUCUACCAUUAUUUUACACUCUUUAGUUUUGUGGAGCAAUCUGUGCGUGUAUUUGGGCUCCAGCUCACUGAAAGCUGGCUCCCAGUCAUAUGUAUUGUUUAUAUUUUAAAUUUUUUUUGUGGUGCCUAACUAUCGCUAUUAUGUGUCACGCAGUAUGUGCUAGUUUGGCAUUAAGAUAUUGCUACGGCCCAAAUGUUUGUUAUAGUUUUGUUUUUCUCAAUACGUUGACAAUUAGGACGAGCUGAUAGGAUCUUGGCGGUGAAGGCUAUUUUGAAGAUGUGUGCACCAUUGUUUGCCAUAAUUUUCAAGUAUUGAAACAAUACAGAAAUCUAUCAAAAGCAAAUCAUCAUAAUAAACAGAUGCCAAUUGUAAUCAUAGACAAAUUUAACGGCGUUCCUUGUUAAAUUAACGUCGUAACAGCCAGUUAGUAAUUAUAUCUCCUGAGAUUGAGUAACACUUUUCCCAAUAAGGAAAACCUAGAAAGGGCCAUACUAAACGGAAUUGUUUGUUAUUUAUAUAAUGAUAAUGAAAUGUAGGUCCUUGCAAAACGAAACAUAUACCACGUCACACACCCACACACACACACACAUACACACAAAUAAAAUACACAAAUGAUAAGUUAAAUUAUAUACAAAUAUAUAUGUAUAUAUAUAUAUAUACAUAUAUAUAUGCAUAGAUAUUUAUAGUUUAUAUAUAUACAUAUUAAAUAUAUAAAUAGUAUAUUAUGUAUAUUCGGCUAAAAUAAAACACUGAAAAAAGAGAUAGUCCUGUAAGAUGAUAUUAGCACGUAAGAAACCGUCUCCUUCCUCUCCUUGAAAUUUUCCACGAACCCAACCUCCCUCCUAUCGCCAUCUGAUAAACGCCACAACAACUAUUAUUCCCUUCAUCAAAUGAUAUCAAUGGUCAACGAGAAUUCCAAGUAUAGCCAAUCACCCCAAUCACCCCAAACCGACAGACAGACAACACAAACUUUACACAAUAUCUUCACAGCGUCAUGAUGAGUAUCGAAGGGCUCAAACGAGACGCGACAAACGCACCACACUCACCUAAAAGGGCUCUUUUGUUAGAUUUUUGUAAUUUAACAAUUAAUCUCUUUCCAAAACUGCAUCCGAAAUUAAAUCGCAAUAAAACUUUUAGUAAUAUCCUCCUUCUAACGUUAAUGUCACUAAAUACAUGUGCAAUACAAAGUCAGGCUUGAUUGCAAUGGUUAGCCUCCAUUGGACUGGGCGAGGACUUUGCAUUGUCUUUUAUUUGCCAAUCAUCUAAAGGAUAUUAUCAAGAGUUUUGUGGAAAACUCCACAUCUACCCGAAGAAAAAGACAAUUAUCCUUUCCCCUCAUGCUUUGCCGCGAAAGUGGCAAACAAGCAAAUGUAUAAAAUAUAGAAUUUUAUCAUUAACGCAACACAAACACAAAAAUACACACAAACACACACACGUAUAUACCCGCUCAGCUUUACCUGGAAUUUUCAUCUAAUUGUAUGUAGUUUAGGCAAAAAAGAAAAUAAAAUUACAAAAUUCAACCAGCCAAGGUUUGUCAUGCCAUUAUGUAUUUCUUGUAUUAUAGUAACAUUUCAAAGUGGCAUCCUUUUUUAACGUGUAUUUCUUUCUUUUGUUUUGAAAGGCAUCUAUCGUGAAAAAUUGUUCAAAAUAAAAAGCCAUCUAUUCUCAUAGAUAUCGUUUAUAGCAUAAUUUGUUUUAUUUCUGUCAUUUUAGUUUUUUUUUUUUACCUUUCACUUGACCUAAGUAUUGUUUAACAAACAUAAAUGCACAAUUUUAUACAAUUGUAUUCAAUCUUAUUUAAAUGUAAUUAUUGUUUAAUUUUAUUGUCGUCUUUUUUAAUUUUAUACAUUGACAUAUUGCUCAUAUACAAUAUUUUUUAUACGUAUUUUUAUUUUUUUGAUUUUUAUUUCUUUGCGCAUAUUUUUUUUACAAUACCAGAAACCUUUUUGAGAAAGAGAGAGAGAGAGAGAGA